CACACAACCCAUAUUAGUAAAUAAAAAAUAUAAACGUUGUUAUUGACUUUCCUCUCGGCAAUUUGAAUAAUAGGAACUAACUAACUAACAAAUUAAUCACAUACGUCAUAAAUUGAAUAAUUCAUAUGGUAUUUGCAUAACCUUCACAGGAAAAGAAUCAGAUGAGGGCAUACCUUGCGGAAGCAAGGUGGUAAGCCAACGGAGAGGUGCCGAGUGUGGAGGAUUAUAGGCGCAAUGGUGUAUAUACAACUACCUACCCUUUGAUUAUAUGUGCUUCCCUUUGUGGGAUGGGUGAAAAGGCACCAUUAGAAGUGUUCGAUUGGUUGUUUCAGGAUCCCAAAAUUUUAGUUGUUGUAUCCGAUCUCGGACGCCUAAGCGACGACGUUGUUUCACAUGAGUUUGAGCAGAAAAGAGGACAUGUCGCGUCAUCAGUUGAAUGUUUCAUGAAUCAGUACGACGUGUCAAAAGAUGAAGCAGUUGAUGCAUUGGAGAAAAUGAUGGAGACUGACAGGAAGGAUAUUAACGAGGAGAGUCUCAACCUGCAUGGUUUUGUGUCUAACGAAGUGCUUUCCAUGUUCCUUGGUCUUGCAAGGGAUACGGAUGUCAUGUAUCAGGAUUUUGAUAGCUAUACUUUGGCGGACACCGUCACCAAGGAUACACUGACUGAUUUGCUAGUCACUCCCAUGCGUUGAUCUACUUAUGUGCCCCCCAUUAGUAGGUUGGUACGUCAAACCAGUGUGAGAUUGUUGAAAUGGAUGAAUUUGAAAUGUGCGAGUCCUUAAGAAUAAAAAAAGAAAAUGUUAUUGUUGAGUGAUGGUCGGACAAUCUCAACGAGGACGUUGAGUCUCAAAAGGGAUGUAUUAGGUAACACCUUAGACAAAUUUCACGUCGACAAAGUACGGAAAAGAUCUGCGACUCAUAAGGAACAUCCAAUGUUAACUGACAACAAAUUUUGGAGUGAAAUGGAUAAGUUACUGUAAUAAUUUUAAAGUUAAGUGUGUUCAUCAUUGUAAACCAGUGCAUCAGUGAAUAAGCUUAUGAAAAGUCACAAUGACGCUUCUGAAAGCAAAAUCGUGCAUACUAGGUACAAAAUGAACAAUAUAGUAGUUAAAAAACGUUACAAAGCAGAGACUGGAACAUUUGAAAUAAUAUAUGUAUAAUUUUUCGUUUCUAACAGAAGAAGAAACUUGAGCUAUUUUUUUCACGAUAAAAAAUUAAUAUUUUU